CUGCUCGUGGCGUGGGAAAGGAGGCGUGAAUCCCGGGCGCGAGCCGGCGGCGGCGCCGCUGCUGGAAGGUCGGCGGUGGGAAGGCGAUGGCGGAUAUAGAUAAACUCAACAUCGACAGCAUCAUCCAACGGUUGCUGGAAGUGAGAGGGUCGAAACCUGGUAAGAAUGUCCAGCUACAGGAGAAUGAAAUCAGAGGACUGUGCUUAAAGUCUCGUGAGAUCUUUCUCAGUCAGCCUAUCCUACUAGAACUUGAAGCACCACUGAAAAUAUGUGGUGAUAUCCAUGGGCAAUACUAUGAUUUGCUUCGACUUUUUGAGUACGGUGGUUUCCCGCCAGAAAGCAACUACCUGUUUCUUGGGGACUACGUGGACAGGGGGAAGCAGUCAUUAGAGACUAUCUGCCUCUUACUGGCCUACAAAAUCAAAUAUCCUGAGAAUUUUUUUCUUCUCAGAGGGAACCAUGAAUGUGCCAGCAUCAAUAGAAUUUACGGAUUUUAUGAUGAAUGUAAAAGAAGAUACAACAUUAAACUAUGGAAAACUUUCACAGACUGUUUUAACUGCUUGCCGAUAGCAGCCAUCGUGGAUGAAAAAAUAUUCUGCUGUCAUGGAGGUUUAUCACCAGAUCUUCAAUCUAUGGAGCAGAUUCGGCGAAUUAUGCGACCAACUGAUGUACCAGAUCAAGGUCUUCUUUGUGAUCUUUUGUGGUCUGACCCCGAUAAAGAUGUCUUAGGCUGGGGUGAAAAUGACAGAGGAGUGUCCUUCACAUUUGGUGCAGAAGUGGUUGCAAAAUUUCUCCAUAAGCAUGAUUUGGAUCUUAUAUGUAGAGCCCAUCAGGUGGUUGAAGAUGGAUAUGAAUUUUUUGCAAAGAGGCAGUUGGUCACUCUGUUUUCUGCACCCAAUUAUUGUGGAGAGUUUGACAAUGCAGGUGCCAUGAUGAGUGUGGACGAAACACUGAUGUGUUCUUUUCAGAGUUGCCCAUUUUCCUUGCCUAUUUAUCCAUGGGGAUUCUCCGUGGCCUGGGUUGAAGUUGAGUUCCUCCAGAGAAGGAGAUAAGGACUGCAACCUCGAGGUAACAUCAAGGACUUGAAGCUGAACACAGACUCUGAUGCUGAAGUUUCCAAUCCAUCAUGGAACCCCGACAUUUGACUCAGACCAUCUGCUGCUCCCAGAUCACCCCCCUCCCCCUCCCUUUUUUUUUUCUUCAGAACAAAGACCUUUAUCUCAUCUUCCUACCUCUUCCCCUUUAUAAGCCUCAGGACAGGCAUCAGAAGGUGGUAUGAUUUUAGCCUGGUCAUCC